AUGUCUCAGUACUCUGGAAAGAUCACCUUCUACGAGGGUAAAUGCUUCACCGGCAGGAAGCUGGAGGUCAGGGGAGACUGUGAUAACUUCCAGGACCGUGGCUUCAUGAACAGGGUGAACUCCAUCCGUGUGGAGAGCGGCGCCUUCAUCUGCUACGACCACCCCGACUUCAAGGGCCAGCAGUUCAUCCUGGAGCGCGGAGAGUACCCCGAGUUCCAGAGGUGGAACUCCCACAACGACCACAUGGGCUCCUGCAAGCCCGUCCGCAUGCACGGUGAGCACUACCGCAUUGAGCUGUUCGAGGCCUGCAACUUCUCCGGCCAGUGCGUGGAGUUGUGCGACGACUGCCCCUUCCUGCAAAGCCGCGGCUUCUCCAAGAACUGCAUCAACUCCCUGAAGGUCUACGGAGACGGAGCCUGGGCCAUGUAUGAGGAGCCCAACUACAGAGGCCGUAUGUACAUCGUGGAGAGGGGAGACUACUGCAGCCACAACGAGUGGCAGGCCCAGAACCCCAACAUCCAGUCCCUGCGCAGGGUGGUCAACUACUUCUAAAGGCCUCCCCUCACCCCCUACCUUCCAACCCCUUCCUGAACUUGAACCGAGGAACUACUUGACGUUGAUGGAAAGCCACUCUUCAUGUUGUAAAAUUCAUGAAAGUAAAUAAAGAAAAAAUACACAUCAACCAGCGAGAUUU